CCAAAAAAUUAAUUAUCGCGAAUUUAAUUUUUGUUUAAUAUUUUAAAUUUUAAUAAAUUUCGUUUUCAUUUACAUUAUUAUUUUAAAACAUUUUCAAAAAUUAAAAAUGUUUUCAUUAAAUCUUCUUUUAUUUUUGAUUCUAUCGAUAGUUACAGUAAUUGCUAUUGAAAUUGCGACUUAUGGAGCUCUUUAUCACCCGCAAGAAAAUUACAUCGAGAAAAAAAAAGAAAAACCUCAGGAUUUAAGUAAAAUUCCUGGUGUACCAGGCGUAGACUAUCCACUUUAUCAUGUUUUUCCACAUACAAAUUUCCAUUGCGGUAGUGUUCCAGCUGUACCUGGAAUGUAUGCUAACGUGGAAACAGGAUGUCAGGGCUACCACGUAUGUCAUGAUGGUAGAGAAGGACAUCAAGGAGCUCAAUUUCUUUGUACCAACGGCACUAUUUUUAAUCAGAAAGAAUUCGCUUGCGAUUGGUGGUAUAAUGUUAAUUGUGCAGAAGCUACAAACUAUUAUCAUUUAAAUUCUGAUCCAGAGCAUAAUCCAUAUUUCCCCAAAAAGAAACUAGAAGCUAUUCCUAAUGAAGCACAUGAUGGACAAUUUUAUAUUCAUGCUUAAAUUUUUAGGAUAAUUUUAAUGUUUUGAAAUUAAACUGAAAUUUAAUUUUCUCUCGAUG